AUGAAUCUUAAAAGAUCAAAGGCUGAAGAGGCUGGAGAGAUUAAUGUGAUUGACAGAGAACAGCAAAGAGCAAGUUUCCACUGCAACACAAACACCAGCAGAAUCUUAGCUGGAUGCAAUCUCUCUCUCCCUCUCCUUUCCUUCCUUUUCUCUCACUUUCCCUCUCCUCGUUCUUUUCAUUUUUCAACCCUUUCCCAUUCCACAUUUUCCUUCCUUUUCUCUCACUUUCCCUGGAAAAUACACACACUCUCCACUGAACCCACCAUGUCCACCUCUUCAUCUUUCUCCUUCAUCGCAUUCUUGGUCUUAUUCUGUGCUCCCCACCACUUAUCCUCCACCCCCAGCCGCAGGAUCCUCCACCAACCUUUCUUUCCUCUGGACACUCUUCCUCCUUCUCAGCCUCCUUCUCCUUCUCCGCCUUCUCCAUCAACGCCUCCUAAAAUCCCCUUUUCCACUACUACUCCCGAUCAGUCCCCAUUCUUUCCUUCCUAUCCUUCUCCUCCACCUCCUCCUGCUCCUGCUACAUUUGCUUCUUUCCCUGCUAAUAUCUCCUCUCUCAUUCUACCUCAGUCUCCUCAACCCAAACCCAAUUCCCAUAAACUCCUUGCUGUAGCAAUUUCGGCCGUCGUUUCUGCUAUUGUUAUAUUGGGUGUUUUUGUCUUUUACUAUGGCCGGCGCCGGCGAGCCCGUGGGUUCUCUGAUGACAAGACUUAUAGAUCGGAUAACAGUAACAGACUGCACCCAGCAUAUGUGGAUACUGCUAACGCUACUCGUCACAAGCUAAGAACUACUUCGACUAGCUCUGAGUUUCUUUAUUUGGGUACUGUGGUUAAUUCACACACCUUAGAUGAAGAUUCUAAUGCUCAUGAUAAUGUUGGUUCGGAUCCUCGGAAAUUGGAUUCUCCGGAGCUUCUCCCGCUGCCACCGCUUAACAGGCAGAGUUCCAGGCAGAAUUUUGGGAAUGGAGAAGUGGGGUCUACUGCGGAUGAGGAAGAAGAGUUUUACUCGCCGAGAGGAUCUCUGGGUGGUCGAGAGAGCUCGAGCGGGAUGGGAUCAGGGUCCAGAAGAGUGUUUGCGGCUGUCGGUGGUCAGGAUUUUGAUGCAAGAAGCACUGCCUCAAGCUCGUAUUCAUCUUCUACUUCGGGCUCUCCUGCUCGGUCUCAAUCGCUCAGUAGUUCUCCGCCAGUAAGUUCCAGUCCACGACCAAAAUCGCCGGAUUCUACUGUUCUUCAGCCUGCUCCAGCACCUCCUUCCCCACCACCGCCACCAGUAAUGCCUAUUCCCAACGACCUGAAAUUUCCAUCGUCGUCUCUAUCUGUCUCAUCUGGAGAUGAAUCACCGACUAUAUUGUUGAAUUUGGAGCGGAAAUCACAGUCCCCAUCAGUGUCCUCUGCUUCUUCAUCGCCCAACAGAAGUUUGGAGAAAAGCCUAGGUGGAUCACCGCGAAUAUUGAAUGAUUUGGAUCGAAAUGUGCGGUCUCCAUCGCUGUCCCCAGCAAGGGUAUUGAAUACUUUGUAUCAAAAUCAGAAGUCACCUUCACUAUCCUCUGUUUCUACAUCACCUGACAGAAGUUUGGAGAAAACUUCCAUUGCUUCUCCUAGAAUAUCGAAUGCUUUGGAUCGAGAUGUAAGGUCCCCAUAUCUAUCUUCUACUUCUACUUCGCCGGGUAGAUUUGAGAAGACCCCGUCUCCAAGAAUAUCAAAUGGUUUGGAUCGAAAUGCGAACUCGCAUUUAUUAUCUUCAGCUUCUACUUCACCAGGCGGAGAUUUGGACAAAAACCCACUUGCAUAUCCCAGAUAUUCAACUGGUUCGGAUCAAAGUAAGAGGUCUUCUUCAGUGUCUUCAGCUUCUUCAUCACCAGGUAGAGGUUUGGAAAAGAGCCCAGGUGCAUCACCAAUAAUGAUUUCGAGUGGUCUAAACGCCAAAAUUAGCAGUGUUUUAGGCCAGCCUCUUUCCGUUCCACCACCUCCACCUCCUCCUCCACCGCUACCACUAGCACCACAACAACAAAGGUUUGGGGAUUCACCAGUUGCAUCAACACCGACAGGCCAACCAAUUAUCAAACCGCCAAUGCUUAUAACGCCUUCAAGGCCUUUUGUAUUACAGAGGACAUCUAUGGUAUCUCCAAUUGAAUUGCCACCUAGUUCUACCACCACUGAGGAUGUGGAUGAAACUAUCAAGCCAAAGUUAAAGCCUUUGCAUUGGGAUAAAGUUAGAGCAAGCUCAGACCGUGAAAUGGUCUGGGAUCAGCUCAGAUCAAGCUCCUUUAAAUUGAACGAGGAGAUGAUGGAAACGCUGUUUGUUGUUAACACUCCAAACCCAAAACCAAACCAGACAAUUCCACGUUCUGUUAUUCCAUCACCCAACCAAGAGAAUAGGGUACUUGAUCCCAAAAAGGCGCAGAACAUUGCAAUUUUGCUCAGGGCACUGAAUGUGACAAUUGAAGAAGUUUGUGAAGGUCUUUUAGAAGGCAAUACAGAUACACUUGGAACUGAGCUUCUAGAAAGUUUAUUGAAGAUGGCUCCUACCAAAGAAGAAGAGCGUAAAUUAAAGGAAUAUAAAGAUGAUUCACCAACCAAGCUUGGUCAUGCUGAGAAGUUCCUCAAGGCUGUGCUUGAUGUACCUUUCGCGUUUAAGAGAGUGGAUGCAAUGCUUUACACAACCAAUUUUGAGUCUGAGGUUGAGUACCUCAAAAGGUCUUUUCAAACUCUAGAGGCAGCCUGUGAAGAACUGAGAAGUAGUAGGAUGUUCUUGAAACUUCUAGAAGCUGUGCUCAAGACAGGGAACCGCAUGAAUGUUGGGACUAACCGUGGUGAUGCCCAUGCCUUCAAGCUCGACACACUCCUCAAACUUGUUGAUGUCAAGGGUGCAGAUGGAAAGACCACACUUUUGCAUUUUGUUGUGCAGGAAAUUAUAAAAAGUGAAGGUGCUCGUCUUUCAGGUACCAACCCAACUCCAAAUUUAAUCUCAAGUGAAGAUGCUAAGUGUAGAAAGCUUGGCCUGCAAGUUGUUUCUGGUCUAAGCUCAGAGCUCGCAAAUGUGAAGAAAGCAGCUGCUAUGGAUUCUGAUGUACUUAGCAGUGAUGUGUCCAAACUUUCCAAAGGCAUUGAGAACAUCAAUGAUGUUAUGCGAUUAAAUGAAACAAUGGGGGUGGAUGAAACCAACCAGAAAUUCUCAGAUGCAAUGAAAAGAUUCAUGAAAAUGGCCGAGGAGGAGAUCAUAAGGAUUCAAGCCCACGAAAGUGUUGCCAUGUCUUUAGUGAAAGAGAUUACAGAGUACUUCCAUGGGAAUUCAGCAAAGGAAGAAGCUCACCCUUUCAGAAUCUUCAUGGUGGUGAGGGAUUUUCUGAGUGUUCUUGAUCGGGUCUGCAAGGAAGUCGGCAUGAUAAAUGAGCGAACAAUAGUUAGUUCUGCCCAUAAGUUCCCAGUUCCCGUAAAUCCAACUCUGCCACAGGGAUUUUCUGGACCCAAUGGUCGGAGGCAGGACGGUUCCUCUGACGAAGAGAGUGAAUCUCCUUAACAUUUGUGACUUGCAAGAGGUUGAAUUUUUGUUGCAUUUAGCCAGAAACUGCCCAAGGUUGGUUGGCUAGGUUUGGCACGGGCGUGCACCCCAGAUUCCUGUAAUUUAUUAUUUUUUGUCCAAUAUUUGUAUAAAGUUUUGGGAUUGCUUUUGUCUUAUAGAUAGCAUACAGAGAUCUUCCCGGGAAGAAUAAGGCAGAAUUCUAAAUCGGGUGGCUAAUGGUUAAUGGAUAUAUUUCAUGUAAGCCUGUUCAAAAGACUCGUUAUAGGAACGUUGUUUAAUUAUAGAAGUAAAGCUCUGAUUACAGCA